UGUAUAUUGUUGUGGUCGGAUAAUGCUCCACUCUAAACAGAAGUAAGAAAUUUAAAAUAUGCCUACGUAGUCUCGAGCGAAGACCAAGAGCUUUCUGACCCGUUAGAAUAUCAAAGACAUGGUGAAAGGAGAGGGUCUGCAUCUAUCUAACCACGUUUUAUUUAAAGGCAAUCUUUAUCCAUCUUGUCAUAGCACAGUCAUACAAGGAAAAUGGAGGCUGACCAAAUUUCAAAAUGUCAUGAAAGUGAUGAUGGUAAUAAGAACAAAGGCAGUAGUAAUGAUAAUAUUUUUACCAAUAACUGCAAUCUGGAAGAUACAACAGCUCUAGAAGAUGAAACAGAGGUAGAAGAAACUUUAAAUUCUCAAAAUAAAGAUGAUGGUAGUCAGACUGAAGGUGAUAAGGAUGGUAAUACUUCUUCCAAACAUUCAAGUCUAAAAGAUGAUAUGAAUGCAUAUAUACUGCGUGCUUCUGAAAAGGGCAGGUAUGACAUUGUAGAGAAACUUUUAGAAAGAGAUCCCAAAUUGCUCAAUGCUACAGAUGCUGACAAUUAUACCCCUCUACAUCGGUCAGUUUACAGUGGUCAUGUUGAAAUUGUCAAGCUGCUGCUAUCAAAAAAUGCUAAAGUCGAUGCUUCCACAAUUGACGGCUGGCAACCACUGCAUUGUGCAUGUCACUGGAGUCAAAUAGACAUAGCAUUUUUAUUAUUACAGAAUGGAGCAGACAUCAAUGCUCAGACCAAUGGUGGUUUGACUCCACUCCAUCUGGCUGCUGCUACGUCCUGUAAAUCAAUACUUGAAAUGUUACUAAUGAACCGAUACUUGAACUGGAAUCUGAAAAAUGCUGCAAAUGAAAAUCCUUGUCAAGUUUCAAAAUGUUCCAGUAAAAAUUUUUAUUUAUUUGAAAUUACAGAAGACCGAAUAAAUUUAUUGAAAUAAAAGAUAUUUUAAUGUUUUCAUAAA